GAAAACAGUGGCUAAUAUUUGUGAACAGAUGGUAAAGUGGUUAUUCACCCACUUCGUCCCUGUAAGUCCCCAAAACCAUCCGUGAGCCGAACGUUCCCGACUGGCUUUCCGUCGACUACCGGCUUAGCACCUGCAAAUACCAUAUUUCCAGGAUCAAAGGAUGUCGUUUAUGAAAGGUGAUUUGCUAAGCAGAACAAGAAGGCUUGUCAAAGGCUUGGCCAAGGCUGAACCUGUCUGGCUCAAAGCGAUGGAGCAGGCUCCACCUGCAACAUUUCCUCGCGCUGAGAACAAACUGAAGCCCAUCUGUCUACCUGAGGAUGUCUACAUCAAGAAGUUCUUCCAGAAGCACCCAGAAUCUAAACACGAAGAUGCUAUUAAAAUUUCUGGAUUUGACCCUCCUCCAGCCCGAAUUUUUGGGGGGCGAGUGCUUGAGUUAAAAGAACAGGGGGUCAGUGAAGAGGAAGCUAUGGCUGUAGCUGAUAUGGAAUAUCGAGCAGAAAGAAAAGCGAAAAAGAAAGCAUAUUCUCGAUUGAAGCAGAUUGCUCGACUUCAAGGGAAGAAACCACCUCCGAAUCCAUAUCCAAGUGCUAUCAAGGAGAUACAAGCUGAAGAAAGGAAGUUUGUGCGUGAUCGUUUCUAUAACCGAGAUAUUCUUCAAAUUGCAGAGAGACUGAAGGAGGAGAGGCAAGCGGAGUUGCAAGACAGAAGAGGUGGAGGUGGCUGGUAAAUGCACAUGGUCUUUUUAUAAUAGUUUUUCUUUUCACCUUUUUGAUGCUGAGAUUGUUUAUCUUUGAUAUAUUAGAUCUUUUUCCAGGUGAUGCUAUGAUAAUCUUUCCUCAUGUACUAGAAGAACGCUUCACUUCUGGUUUACAUAGUAGACUUGGAGUUCAUAAUCCAAUUUAAAAAUUGAAAAAUAAGUGAGUAAUAUCUCUUGCCAUUGUUACACAAGCUUUGCAAGAGUAGUUUUGUUUCUGGUAUAACAAUUUCUUUUAUCUAAUUACUCCAUUUGUUAAGAUUCAAGUAGUUCUAUGUACUUUUUAUUGCCUUUUUUCCUUCAAUGGAGGUUAUCCUUUCCAA